CCCAAAGCCACGAAAAAACAUAACAACACAGCGCGCACACACAACACCACCACCUCCUCCUCCGUUUCUCCGAGAUCGAGCGCCUCCCCCACGGCCCAACCCCGCCCCUCUCUCUCUCCCUCUCUCUCUCUCUCUCCCCGCGGGGUCACGCGCGAGGCGCGUGAGGCCGAUCGGGGAGCGGCGGCGGCGGCGGCGAUGACGCGGCGGUGCUCGCACUGCAGCAACAACGGGCACAACUCGCGCACGUGCCCGGCGCGGGGGGCGGCGGGGGGAGGCGGGGGCGGGGUGAUGCGGCUCUUCGGGGUGCGCAUCAUGGAAGGGGUGGCGCCCAUGAAGAAGAGCGCGAGCAUGGGGUGCCUCUCCUCCGCCUCGGCCGCGGGCGGCGGCGGAGGUGGCGGCGCCGCCGCAGGAGGCGGCUCCUCGUCACCCGCCGCGGCGGCCUCCGCCGCCGCCGACGCCCUGCGCGACGCCGGGUACGAAUCCGACGACCCCGUCCACGCCUCGAGCUCCUCCAAUUGCCGCGGCGAGCGCAAGAGAGGCAUCCCCUGGACAGAGGAUGAGCAUCGGAUGUUCUUGUUGGGCCUGCAGAAGCUGGGAAAAGGUGAUUGGCGUGGAAUAGCUCGCAAUUUCGUCGUGUCAAGGACUCCUACGCAGGUGGCCAGCCAUGCCCAGAAGUACUUCAUUCGGCAAACCAACUCAUCAAGAAGGAAGAGGCGGUCGAGCUUGUUCGACAUGAUCCCUGAGAUGCCCAUGGAACAGUCAAUGGACCAGUACUCAGUUCCCGAAGAACAGUUCAUGCUUCAUUCGCCUCCUAACGAACCUGCAAAAGUAAAUCCUUUUCCUCCUUUACCUCUCAACAAACACCAAGAAUCCGAGCUUGGUGCAACCAAACUAACUCUCCCUGCUAUAGAGCUCAAAGAAACCACCCCAUACAACAGUAACAAUACUCCCCCAAUACCAAUAGCACCAACACUUUACCCUGCAUUUCUUCCCGUCCCUUUAACAUUUUGGCCUCCUACUCUCCCUCCUCCGCCCCCGGCGCCUCCUGCUUGUCAAGACGAAGAGAUGAUGGAAGCUACUCACGAAGUCGUAAAGCCGAUUCCCCUAACCCCGAAGGAGCAGCUGACCAACGUGGAUGAGGUGCCAAGCAUCUCCAGCCUCAGCCUUCGUGAGAUAGAGCCGUCCGCUCUUUCGCUUAAGCUUCUUGGGUCUGACACUCCGAGGCAGUCGGCUUUUCAUGCGAACCGUGUUAUGGCCUCGGCGAGAACGGAUCUGAACAAUGGCAGUGGCAAUGUGAUCCAUGCAGUUUGAAGCAGAAGGGGGUCUAAGGUUGGCUAGUCUCAUAGAAAUAUAAUAUAUAUAUAUAUAUAUAUUAUAUAUAUACAUAUAACUAUUUUCUCUCUGAUGUUCUUUACUGUCUGAAAUUUUAACAUACAUUCUAGAACCUGUCAAUCCUUGUAAUAAGCUUUAAGUGUUGUUUAGUGUUCUAGUUUCCUGUUCUUUGUUAAUAGGUGGACAAAAGUUGUUCCUGUCAAACUAAUAAUGUUUUAAUUAAGCUUUAGUAAUAGAUGUGGUAAAGUUGUUUCGUUUUGUGUGUAA